GGGGCGCGGCGGAGGCCGAGGCCGACGGGACGAUGGGCCUGACGGACCUGCCGGGCGAGUUGCUGGAGCUGAUCCUCUGCUGCGACGUGCUGGGAGCCGCCGACAUCGGGCGGGUGUCGUGCACCUGCCGCCGGCUGCGUGAGGCGUGCCAGCCCCGCGGCAAGGUGUGGCGGGAACGCUUUCGCCUCAGAUGGCCAUCGCUGCUGAAAUACUAUAGCCACACAGACAGUGUUAGCUGGCUUGAAGAAUACAAAGCACGGCACAAUGCUGGUCUAGAAGCCCGGAGAAUUGUAGCUUCCUUCUCCAAAAGGUUCUUCUCAGAACAUGUCCCCUGUGAUGGAUUCAGUGACAUUGAGACUCUUGGGUGCCCAGGUCAUUUUUUUGAGGAUGAGCUGAUGUGUAUCCUUAACAUGGAAGGAAGGAAAGGUCUCACCUGGAAGUACUAUGCCAAGAAGAUUCUAUACUUCCUACGGCAACAGAAUAUAUUAAAAAAUCUGAAGGAGUAUCUUCAACGCCCAACUGAUCAGCAGUCAUUUUUGGAGGGUGCUGUUCUAAUUGAUCAAUACUGUAACCCGCUGUCAGACAUCUGCUUAAAAAGUGUCCAGGCACAGGUGGAUGAUAUCACAGAUAAAGUGCGCAAAGUCCUGCGGACGAAAAAUCCAAGGCACCCCAGCCUGGCUUCCAAGGCAGGAGAGGUCCUGAUUCCAGAAAUGGAGCUUCAGCGGCAGGUGCUUGAUGCUAUGAAUUGCGUCCUAUAUGAGCAGUUAAAAUACAAAGGAAACGAGCUGGAUUACUAUAACUCCCUGAAUUCAUACAUUCACCAGGUUUUGAUCCGCAGGACAGGAAUUCCCAUCAGUUUGUCUGUGCUUUAUUUAACAAUUGCCAGGCAGUUGGGAGUCAAACUUGAACCGGUCAACUUCCCUAGCCAUUUUCUACUACGAUGGUGUCAAGGAAAAGAAGGAAGCACAGAUAUUUUUGACUACACCUACAUUGACGCCUUUGGGAAGGGGAAGCAGCUGACGGUGAAGGAGUGCGAGUACCUUAUUGGCCACCAUGUGACAGAGGAGUUCUAUGGAGUGGUGACUUCAAAAGAGGUCUUGCAGCGUAUGGUGGGAAAUCUCUUAAACCUUGGCAAGCGAGAAAGCACUGAUCAGUCUUACCAACUCUUGAGAGACUCGUUGGAUCUAUACCUGGCCAUGUAUCCGGACAAUGUGCAGCAUCUAAUGCUCCAGGCUAGGUUAUACUUCCACCUGGGAAUCUGGCCAGAAAAGGUUCUGGACAUAUUGCAGCAUAUUCAAGCUUUGGACCCAUCCCAGCAUGGGGCUGUCGGGUACUUAGUUCAACAUACCCUAGAGCAUAUUGAGCGCCGGAAGGAGGAGGUGGGACCUGAGGUGAAGCACCGUUCAGAUGAGAAGCACAAAGAGGUCUGCUUUUCAAUCGGGCUGAUUAUGAAACACAAGAGAUAUGGCUAUAACUGCGUGAUUUACGGCUGGGAUCCCGCCUGCAUGAUGGGGCAUGAAUGGAUCCGGAAUAUGAAUGUCCACAGCCUUCCGCAUGGCCCCCACCAGCCUUUCUACAAUGUGCUAGUGGAAGAUGGCUCUUGCAGAUAUGCUGCUCAAGAGAACCUGGAAUAUAACUCUGAGCCUCGGGAGAUCCCUCACCCUGACAUUGGCCGCUAUUUUUCAGAGUUUACUGGCAUUCACUACCUAGCAAAUACCGAGCUAGAAAUUCGGUACCCGGAGGAUUUGGAGCUCACACGUGCUACAGUUCAGAAGAUCUACAGUUCAGGCAAGGAGUGGGAUCUGCAGCACAGCCGCGAGUGCUCCCAGGACGAUUUUGAACCUCGUGGCACUGUUUCAUGGAAGCCUUGAGGUCAGUGCCAGAAUGACUUUGAUGUAUGGGGAGCUUCCACUCGCUGCCGUCUCCAAUCUGUAGGUAUUUAUGCAAUACAGUGGGAUCGUGACUGGAAACUGGCCAACCCUGGAGUCAGCCAAACCGUGUAUGGAAGAGAGAUGUUACUUCCUGCAGCUCAAGGCCUUCUUCCUUUUUGCCAAAAGAGAAUGGAUUUUGGGGGAGUGCAUGCUCUGCUGCCCAGAGGGAGGAGCUUUAGCAGCUCAAGGCACAUCAAUUUCAAGAUGACUUAAAGGCCCAGACAGGACCACUGCAGAAAAGGUUUUCCUCUGGGUUCAGGUAUUAUGGGGUGCAGAGUGACACAGUGUUUGUGUAUACACAGAGCCUGCGUAUCUUUGUGGUUUCCGAAGCAACGUCUAUAGACUAGCUGCCACUAGUGUCUCCUGUCACUGUCCAGUUGCAAUACAGUAGUUACGUCAGAGAUGAGAAUUAGGUACUGUGCCCUGUAGAGUUAGGUGGAUGCUCUUAGUCUAUUAUAGCACUUCAGGUAUCACCACAUGAAAUCACACAGCCCUUCUCUUAAAAGAAUGCUUGAACUGCAUGCUGUCCUAUUGAAAUAUUGAGCACUGAUAAAAUAUGAGAAAUAAAUAUUGAAAGCCCAGCUCUUUUGCCAGCAGAGUGGUGGUGGUGUGCAGGAAUCUUGGUGCUUUAGGAAGAAGAGCCCUGUGUGGUUAGUGCUGAGGAAUGGUGAAGGUGCUCUACUCCAAGUAGAACUAUGUCUUUAAAGAAGUCUGUACUGAAAUGAACUUGGAGGGAGGGAAGGAGCUGAAGAAUUUCUAUGGAAGCAGAAUGGAUCCAACUGAAAGCAGGGUAGGGAAUCAUUAGGCAAAAAUCUUAAAAAUCUGUCUCUUGUUUUUGAGGGUUGGAGUAGAUCCCAACCCUCCAACUGUUUUUGAGGGUUGAAAGCAGAUCCCAAAAGAUUCCUAGCAGGGAUGCAAGGUUGGGAAUGGGUCUGUUGAGUCACAAGGUUGAUGCUGGUAGCUGAGAACAGGCAUGCAGGAGCAGGGCUUGGACUCCCCAUUCCCAGCCUCAGCUUUGAUGAGGCUAGCUCUGCAACAGCGUAGAUAUCAGUGAGUUUCCUGGGGCUUUAUGCUCCCCUCUGCCAAACGGGCGGUCUGUUCACACCUUGCCCCUCUCAAGUGCAUCAAGGGAAUUGCCACAUACCAAGCUUAU